AAUGGCAGGUGUCGGCUUUAUACUACAUCUACACUACCAGCGAAAAAGCCCUCUGAGCUUUAACCAGCUAAAGUUCCAAAACCCACUCUUGCUUUUUUUUAUUUUUUAUUUUAUUUCUUUUUCUUUUAUCCUUUCCUCUCUCUCGCACUCACUCCCUCUCUCUCUCUCUCUCUCUCUCUCUCUUCCAUGUCCCACCAGUAGUAGCCAUGAAUGGAAAGUAGACAGCUGAAAUGGAGAUGGGUUCAAGCUCUCUGCCAGUUUCAGGCCCCUCUGCCUCUUCUGAUUCCCUCAAUGGACUAAAAUUCGGGAAGAAGAUCUAUUUUGAGGAUGUGGGUGGUGCUGUUUCUGCCUCGAAACCCAGUUUCUCUGCUUCUUCUUCGUCUUCGUCGUCAUCGGCGUCGACGGUUACGGAGGCGGCAGCUGUCGCGGUGGGGUCUGCAUCAUCAACGGCAUCGGCUGCUGCUGCGGGGCCCAAGAAGGGGAGAGGCAUGGUGCAUGGUGGGCAGCCUCCAAGAUGUCAAGUUGAGGGGUGCAAGGUGGAUUUGAGUGGCGCAAAGGCCUAUUACUGUAGGCAUAAGGUGUGUGGGAUGCAUUCCAAGUCACCCAAGGUGUCGGUUGCUGGGAUGGAGCAGAGGUUCUGUCAGCAGUGCAGUAGAUUUCAUCAGCUAUCUGAAUUUGACCAAGGCAAACGCAGCUGUCGCAGACGUCUGGCUGGCCACAAUGAACGUCGGAGGAAGCCGCCAAUUGGGUCGUCCUUGUCAUCACGCUACGGACGCGUAUCAUCUUUCCAUGAAGACAACAACCGAGUUGGAAGCUUUUUGGUGGACUUCACAUACCCAAGACCACCAGGGAGAGAUGUGUGGCCCACUAUAAGAGCUGGUGAUCCUGUACCUGGCAAUCACACCUCCACCUCCGGCAAGUAUCCUCCUGAACUUUGGCAGGGCAGCUUAGAGGUUCCCCCCGGCAGCGUCUCGGCCCAUGUGCCUCACCCAUACCUUCAAGUUUCGGCAGGUGGGCCACCACUUUCUGGACCAGACAUACCACCUACUGAGUGUUUCACGGGGGGCUCCUCCGACUCUGGCUGUGCUCUCUCUCUUCUGUCAAUAUCAUCUCAGCUAUGGGAUCCCAGAAACCGAGCUCAGGGCAUUGCACCAACCAGCUUCAUGACCACCCAAGGGGUCUCAAUAGCUCAACCAGCACCACAUGGCAGCAAUGCUUUUGUGGGGGGCAGUGCAUGGAAUUUCAAGGGCCAUGAAGCCAGCAGCAGCUCGUAUGGAAUCCAGCGGGAGUCAGGCCUGGGACAAACAGCUCCCGAGCCUGUAAGCAAUCAGUUCUCGAGCGAGCUCGAGUUAUCUCAGCAGGGGGGCAGGCAAUACAUGGACCUUGGGCAGUCAAGGGCUUAUGGGUCUUCUUCCAACAAUCAAAUGAACUGGUCUCUUUAAGAGCCUGCUAGGGCUCAGGAGUUACGGUUCUUUUCAUGGAUUUCUUCUUUAGCUUGGUUUUAGGUUUCUAUAUGAAUUAUCAUAAACUUAGGUAUCUAUCCACCAGCUUAUAAGACUGAUGGGUUAAACCUGGUAGCUAUGCAGUAUGAAUAUUUGAACUCUUUUCAUGUUCUGGUCUGCUUGGUUAAGGGUUUUGGAGAUGAUGUGGAUGGAAGUUAUCCUGCA